UGUCGCGUGUCCGGUGCAGCUCGUUUCAUCUGCGCAUGCUUCCUGAUCGGUGCGUUUUUAUUUCAACACAGACUGAGGAAGAAGAGCCAGUAAAACCUGCAGCUAAGAUGUUCAAGCUGGAAGGACUCGGACCUAAAAUGGAUCCGGAGGAGAUGAAGAAGAAAAUGCGGCAGGACGUCAUCUCAUCUUUACGAAACUUUCUGAUUUACGUCGCCCUUCUCAGAGCCACGCCGUAUGUGUUAAAGAAGCUGGACAGCAUAUGAACGGAGCAGCUGGUCUCUUCUUCCACCCAGAGUCUACUGCAUCAGAGACACUAUGAACCACCAUCUCCACCAUCUCCACCAUCUCCACCAUCUCCAACACCAUCACCACCAUCAGCAGCAGCAGCAGCAGCAGCUGGGGCCAUUACAGCAAAUCCUGUUGAAGACGACCAGUGUCUGUCCAUCCAUCACUGAGGAGACGACUUCUCUCUUUUUCUUUUUUGUGCGUCCUUGUUCUUUUUUUUUUUGUAGUCUGCCUUUCUUUUAAAACAUGUCGUGAUCAUUGUUGAAGACAGAGUUUGAUAGUGUGUAUCAGACUUUGAUAAUAAAGUGAAAAUAAUGUUUA